AUGUUCAUAGUUAAAACUCCAAAAGAAGUUCCAACGUUAGGAUCCAGUGUUGCAAAAUCACAGGGCAAUAUUAAGAAACAUAUCGAGAAAGACAUUUUGGGUCCAGGAGUUAAAAUACUUGAUCGUAAAGAUUAUCAAAGUUUUGCGCCAACUUAUGAUUCAAGUGACUCGGUCUUUUCAUUUGAAAAUACAAUGCUGGUGGAAUCUUUUAGGAAUUAUCUUGAUCAUGAAGAAGAAGACUUUGAAGAAGAGUUUGAUAAAUUAUUGGAUGAAAAUUCAAAAUUACAUGCUCGUUUGAUAAGUUUACAAAAAGAAAGAUUUCUAAAGAAUCCCAAUGAAAUAUCCGAUAUUGAAAUUGAAAUUGAACAAAAAUUACGCGGUAACUUGGUUAAAUUAUUUGGUAAAGUAUCGCCGAAUGAUCUAUUAACGCCUUUCAGUAUUGAAAAAACCAUGAAUUCAUUGACAACAUGUGAACCAUUGGUUAAAGGAAAAUUUCCACCAAAUUCAUAUCCAAUUAAAGCGUUUCCAACACAAGUUUCUAAAGAAAUGGUAUCAACGACUCAUCCAUACAAUAAUAAUCAGAAACAGCAACAAACUUCUUCUCAACGAUAUCAUCAUAACCUUCGAUCUGCUAAAAACAUUGUUAGAAUACAUUUAUUUCUUUUCCAAUUAAGCAAUAUAAUUGCAGUAAUAAUAACAUGA